AUGGCUGAACUCAAAACGCUUCUUUCCAUGUCCAGCUCUCUCACGGACAGUUAUUGGACCAUCAUGUUUGCCCUUUUGAUUGUUCUAAUCACAGCCAUUUACUUUAAACUCAUGCCGAAGAAACCACCCAAGAGUCCUCCAAUGGUUGGCCGAUACAUUCCAUUCAUUGGAGUUGCAAAGAGGUUCGGAAUUGAGCCUAUCAAAUUGUUGGAGGAGUGUAAAGAGAAGUAUGGAGAGAUCUUUACGCUUAAUAUUGCUGGAAAAUGUUUUACCUUUCUCACCAAUCCAGAAUUAUUUCAAUACUUUUUCAACCCAGCAAAAGGAAAUUCAUGUCGUGUCAAGACAAAAAAGACAGUCACAGAAGAAUCAAAACAUGCCAUUUCCUUUGAUCAUGCGGUUUUAGAAUUUAUUAGCCGAGUAUUUGGAAUUCCAGUGAACGAUUUCAUGUCUCAACACAUCACCAUGGUGAAUACUAUGAGAGCUAAAUUAAGCCCAACCACCACUCUUCCUUUCUAUACCAAAGAGAUUGCAAGCAAUUUAUUAGAUGUGUUUGAUAAGGGUACUCUUACCACAAACGAUCAAGCAAUUUCUAAUUCCCAAAAUGUCAGAGGUUUUACUUGGAACGAAAAUGGUACAGAUGACUUGUUUAAGGCAAUUGUUGAGACUUUAUUUUGGAGUACAGUGAAAUCUCUGUAUGAGAAAGAUGCCUUUCUCACUGAUGAAUUUGAUGCUUGCAAAGCUUUCCAAAUAUUGGAUGAACAAUUCGAAAUUAGAGCAAGUGGAAUGGUACCUGAAUCUCUUAUGACUACUUUUUCAAAGGCAAAACAAUUUCUAUUGAGAAAUAUUUCAGAUAUUGCAUCGAAAUUAGAUGCAAUAAAACCAGAAGAUCAAAAACGCAUGUUUCAAUCAUUGAGUGAUGCUCUAAAAGACAAUGUUGAAGAUCAGAAAACAAUUUUACACUUUGGUUUGGCCAUGUUGUGGGCAUCUCAAGCCAAUAGUUUACCAUCUUCAUUAUGGACAAUUUGCUUUGUUGUGUCUAAUCCAGAAAUUUAUUCAAAGCUCCAACAAGAAGUUGAUGAUGUCUUUACAAAUCACAUUAAGAAUCCACGUGAUUUAUCUUUUGAAAAUUUACACUUGUUUCCAUAUGUGAAAGCAUGCGUCUAUGAAGCAAUUAGAAUAAUACCUCCUGGAAUGCUCAUUAGAAAGGUCAUGCAACCUAUUAAAAUCCCUAACUAUGAUUACAUCAUUCCAGAGGGACACAAUCUCUGUAUUUCUCCUUUCAUUGCCCACUUUGAUGAAAAGUAUUACCAUGAGCCACAAAAAUACAAUCCAGAGCGAUGGCUUCAAAGUGGUGAAGAUAGUCUAAAUGACAGAAGCAAGCAAUUUAUUGCAUGGGGAAGAGGUCCACAUGAAUGUCCUGGAAAAGCAUUUAGUGUUGUGGAAUUGAUCUCUUUUAUUGCUCUCUUUUUCUACAAGUUUAGAAAUAUUAAACUUAAUGGACCCAUGCCAUCACCUGCUUUGCACCGUCUGAUUGGAGUCCCUCAUCCAAGUUCCAAAGUGUCCAUCUCCCACAACAAUGAAAAUACACCAAAGCAUGCUUCCUAUGGUACAGUCACUACUAGUAGUGGUAACCAUGUUGUUGAGAAUCUCUCCAUCAUCCCAUUCGAUCCUCACAAGAGAAAGAUCAACAAACUCAAGACAACCAAGCAGAAAGCGAUUGUUUUUGAGACUUCUUCUUCUGGUGGUAGAAGUAGUAGCCACCAAUCAUCCACCCAACGAUUGCUCCCAAACACUCUUUCAUCAACCAACCACAGUCAAGAAUUGAUGAAUCAUCAUCACUCCAUUCCAUCCCAAAAAGAAACUUCUCAAAAUCCAUUCGAUGGUUCUAAUAGUUUCUCUCAACAUUUCAAUAUUAGAACUCUCAGAGCCAAUCAUCAAACUCCAAGACAAGGAAGGAAAUUUAUUGAACCUCCUCAAUAUAGAAGUACAGUUCAACAAGAUCAUAUUCAUCAUUGUACUCUCAGCAUCAAGAGUGAAGAAGUACAGGAUCGUUGUCCCCCAUUACAUGAUGAGGAGAGCCAAUGGAUGACCAUUCAGCCACCAACAACAAGCCAAAACACUCCAACACUUCCAGCCUUCCAUGGUGGUGGUACUUCUUUGGAAGAUAGGCUUUUUUCAGACUCGUUGACUAUUACAAGUUUCAGGUCUAAUACAAGUUGUAAUAUUGGUCCUUUCAUAUCGUGUAGCCUCCCUCCAACCUCUUUCACCAAAGAUUCAUCAUCGAUGAGCAUCAAUAGUAGCAUCAGCAGCAGUAGAAAUAGUAACUCUUCGAUAGUAUCCUCAUCAUCAUCCCUCUCUACGGAUGGUGGAUCUGAGAGAAUGAAUCCUAACAAUAAUAAUAUAUUAUUGAAACACAAUUUCAGGACCAAAUUGAUGAAGGGUUUAGUUGGAGCCUUCCAUGACCAUCAUCGACCUCAUGCUCAAUCAACACGCAUGAGUAGUAGUUCAACUACUUCCUUCUCACCAUCAACAGUUGCACGCAGUUUCCCAAUAUCCGAAUUGGGACACAUUUCAUUCACAUUCUUGAUGCCUCAACCAAAUCACACAAUGAAACAAGUAGCAGAAGCACUCAUAAGAAUCUUUUUGAAACAACAACAACAAGACCAAACACCAACUCAACACAACUUCCAAGACAAGUAA